GCGCCUCAGUGAGAUCUCGCGAGAUCUUCCGUACUCCUCUCGCCACUUCCCCCACCCCUCGUGAGGUCUCGCGAUAUUCUUGUGACUCUUCCUCUUUCCCGGCGGCUGUCGCCAAGAUGCCUUCCAGACUAAGGAAGACCAGGAAGCUGAGAGGACACGUUAGCCACGGCCAUGGCCGUAUUGGCAAACACAGAAAGCAUCCUGGUGGCCGUGGAAAUGCUGGGGGUAUGCACCACCACAGAAUUAACUUUGACAAAUAUCAUCCUGGUUAUUUUGGGAAAGUUGGUAUGAGACACUACCAUUUGAAGAAGAACCAGAACUUCUGUCCUACUGUCAACUUGGAUAAAUUGUGGACACUUGUUAGUGAGCAGACAAGACUCCACUAUGCAAAAAACCAGGCUGGAUUAGCACCUGUCAUUGAUGUUGUACGGGCGCACCUUCAAGAAUCUGGUUUAUAUCAUCAUGCACAAUCAAUCCCGUAUCCUUCAGUUUCAAUGGAAGGCUAGUCAUAGCUUUACCUCCUGGAUAAUCUAAAAUAAAGUACGUUUUCUGGAUAAUAUGCAAAAAAAUUAGAUUUUCUAAUGACUAAAGAAGUCUGAAGAAUGAGA